AUGACACCAAAACGCAACUACACCGCACAGCGUGGCAUCUUCUCACAUGACGACGAUCCCGAAAGCUGGGAGUUCAGAGCCACUACACGGGUCAACCUGGGGCUUCUUGACAAAACAUAUCCAAUGGAUGAUGUACCAGGGAGCUCGCACUCACAGGAUGACUCUGCGCAGUGGCAACGCUUCCAGCAACGCUUCCAGCAACAUCUUCGAGAGCUGAAUGCGAACGACAAGAACAAACAGUACAAACUCCUGUAUCUGGUACGGCACGGGGAAGGAGUUCACAACGUCAAAGAGAAGGAGGUUGGACGUACUGAAUGGGAUCGAUAUUGGGCCAAAGUGGCUGGUGACGGCACCGUCACCUGGGCUGAUGCAGAGUUGACAGCCAAUGGAGAACAACAGGCUUGCAACAUUGUUGAACAGAAGAAAAAAGGCCGACAGUCAAAGAGAAGCUGCGCGAACGACUUGGUGUUCAUACAUGCGAUCAAAGAAGCAGUAGAUCCUGGGAUAGCCGAGAACUAUCCCUCAAUCCAUAUCGAAGCUGGUCUCUCGGAAGAAGACGUUCUGUGGAGCCCCGACCGACGAGAGACACUCGAGGAGCAUUCAGCCAGGAACAUGGAGCUGCUUGACGAUAUCUUCGAGGGCGAUUACCGCGACUACAUUGUCCUGGCUGCCCACUCGGGCGCCAUCAUGUCCUUGUUUGCGGCGACAGGAUGGAAGAAGGUGCCCGUAGCGGCCGGAGCGGUGUAUCCUCUGCUUGUCUGCGGUGAGAAACUGGAAACAGUCUGAAGCCGGGUGCAAAGUAGGAAGUUUCUGCGAAAGGUGGAAAGGACAGCAUUGAAGCCACUACGAGUAGCAACGCCUGACCGGUUUGCCCAGGAUAUAAAAGUACCACUCGCUCUUACACUCAUCAAAUCAGCAACAACAAGCCCGGCUGGCACAAUCGGUAGCGCGUGAGACUCUUAAUCUCAAGGUUGUGGGUUCGAGCCCCACGUCGGGCUACCUUCUAUCUUUUUUUCUUCUUGCAAUCAUUUUC